UUCUCCUGGUUCCUUUCUUUGCGCUCUUGCUCCAGCUCCCAACGCCCUCCCGCUCUCCAGGCCGCGGAGUCGCCCACACCGCACCGCCGCUGCUAACCCGCGACCAUGGCGCACCGGGAAACACCAGGCGCACCGAAGCGUCCUGGCCUCACCGUGCCGGCCCCGAGCUCCCAUGCUCCGCCGCCGCCGCGCUGGCCGCGCUUGUGGCCUUUGCCACUGCCACUGCCGCUGCUGCUGCUAAUGCUGGUGGCUGCCAGCGGGGCGGCGGGGCGCUCUCCAGAGUCCGGGAGCCUGGGUCCCAGCGUGCAGGUCACCCGGCUGCUGUACGCGGGAGGCCCGAAAUUUGGCGAUCGCGAGGAUCCCCAGACACGAGGAUCCGAGCCCAGCGCUCCGCGUCACGGUCCGGGUCCUGCUUCUAGUCCCAGCGCAGAUGGCGUCCUAGUUCCAGGCCAGGGGCGCAGGGCGCUGGCGGCGCCAGUGGCCAGUUCUGCCUCGCGCGUGCAGGACUCGCUCAUCAGCACGUCGUUCGUGCUCAAGAGGGACGCGACACACAACCAGGCAAUGGUGCACUGGACAGGCGAUAACAGCAGCGAGCCAGUAAACUUUGAGGAUGUGGCAGUGAACUUCACCUCAGAAGAGUGGGCUGUGUUGGAUUCUAGUCAAAAGAAGCUCUACAGAGAUGUGAUGAAGGAAACAUUUUUGAACCUGAUUUCCAUAGAAAAAACACCAGAAGAAAGUAUUGAAGAGGACUUUAAAGGUCUCAGCAGGAAUAUGGGAUAUCAGGGGAUUGUGAAAGACCAAUGAUAUGAAUGUCAAAAUGAGUGUGAUACAAACCAGCAACUAUUCCAGACAGUAUGAUCAAUAAAGAAAUGCAUUCCAGAAUAAGAGUUCAUGAGACUCCAUUGCAUGUAAGACACAUUAUUGGUCAUUUAUCCUUACAUGAGUAUCUAAGAGAAAAAAAAAAUCUAGAGGGAAACCACCACUGUAUAAGGGAGCUGUACUAAAAACUUUUAUACAUCAGAAACAUUGGAAAGAUAUCAGUUAUUCUUAAUCACUUCAGGUACUUGAAACUUCUCCUAAAGAGAAACCCUGUAAAAAUCAACAAUGUAAUGAAGCCUGUAGGAGUCUCUGUUUUGGCCAGCCUCAGGAGAGAACUCAUUCCGAAAAUAAACUCAAUGAGGAUGUCUUAAUGAGAUUCCCGUAUAGCCAGAAUGAUGAAGGAAUCCAUAAAGAAGUGAAACAAUGUGUAUGUAAUGUCUGUGAAGAAUCCUUCAUUGAUUCCAGUGAACUUACCAACCAUGAAAAAAGUCAUAUUGAAGAGAAAAGGUACAUUUGUAGGCAAUGUGGCAAAACAUUUAAGUAUGUAACAUGUUUUGAGAGAUAUAAAGUAACUCAUAAAGUAGAGAAGCCUUAUGCUUCCAUACAUUUUGGAAAAUCCUUUACCCAAUUAAGUGUUUAUAACAGUCAUGAAAGCAAAAGUUUCUGCAGAGAAACCUUAUGCCUGCAAGCAUUGUGGAAAAAACUUCACCCGUUCUUCUCGAAACAUUCAUGAAAGAAUUCACACUGCGGAGAAACCUUAUGCCUGAAAGCAUUGUGGAAAAAACGUUAGCAGUUCUGUGUAUUAUAAUCUUCAUGAAAGAAUGCACAUGGCAGAGAGGCAUUAUAUAUGCAAGCAUGGGAAAGCCUUUUUCUCUUCCAGUGAUUUGAAUAUCCAUGAAAUAAUUCACAGUGGAAAAAAGCCUUAUGCAUGUAAGUAUUGUGGAAAAGUUUUCAGUGACCCUAGUAGUCAUAACAGACAUGAAAGGAUCCACACUGCAGAGAACCUUAUGCCUGCAAGCACUGUGGAAGAACUUCACCAGUUCUGCAUAUUGUAACAUUCAUGAAAGGAUUCACACUGGAGAGAAAAUUUAUGCAUGUAAGUUGUGGAAAAUCAUUCACUUGUUCCAGUACUUGUAACAUUCAUGAAAGAGUAUACAUGGCAGAGAGUCAUUAUACAUGUAAGCAUUGUGGAAAAGCCUUCAACCAUCCCAGUAGUCAUAAUAGCCAUGAAAGAAGCCUUAUGCCUGCAAGCAUUGUGAAAAAGCCUUCAACAAUGCUGGUAGUCAUAACAAACAUGAAAGAAGCCACGCUGCAGAGAAACCUUAUGCAUGUAAGCAUUGUGGAAAAGCCUUCAACAACCCCAGUAGUUGUAGCAGACAUAACAGGAUCCACAUUGCAGAGAAACCUUAUGCAGGAGCAUUGUGGCAAAGCCUUCAACAACCUCAGUAGGUGUAACAAACACAAAAGGAGACACACAGGAAGCAGAAGACUUAAACAAGCAAGCAUUGUGGAAAAACCUUUUUCUGGCAUAGUCAUCUGAACAUCCAUGGAAUAAUUCACACUGGAGAAAAUUCCUUAUGUAUGUAAGCAUUGUGGAAAAUCAUUCAACAACCCCAGUAGUUGUAACAGACUUGGAAGGAGUCACAUUGCAGAGAAACCUUAUUCAUGUAGGGAUUGUGAAAAAGCCUUCACCAAUUUCACUUCCUGUAAGACUCAUGAAAAGAGUUCACAUUGAAGUCAUAUACAUUUAAGCAGUGUGAAAAGGUUUUCUUGUUCCAGUCACUUGAGCAGUCAUGAAAGAAAUCACACGGGAGAAAUGUCUUGAGCAUGUAAACAUCUUGGAAAAAACCUUCAGUGACCUCAGUAGUCAUAAGAGACAUGAAUGAAGUCACACUAUAGAGAAGCCUGAUUCAUGUAAGCAUUGUGUAAAACCCGUCACCAAUUUCGAGUCAUGUAAGUUUCAUGAAAGAGAUCAUACUGAAGAGAAGUGCUAUGCAUGUAUGCAUUGUGGAAAAGCAUUUACCCGCUCCAGUCACCUAAACAUGCAUGAAAGGGUUCAAAUUGGAGAGAAGGCUUUUGCAUGUAUACAUUACAGGAAAACUUUCAACCCUUCAACUUCUCCUGAUUUGCAUGAAAAAAAUCACACUAGAGGAAAAACUCUUUGUGUGUAAAAGAUGUGGGAACUGUUUAUUUUAUUGAUCUUAACAGGCAUAAAAUAGUUGACUUGAAAGUAAAGCCUUAGGCACAUAAGAACUGUGGGAAAGCCUUCAGCUGCUCUUGUGAUCAUAACAGACAUGAAACUCUUCACAGUAGUCAAUAGCCUAAUGUGUGUAACCAUUGUCAGAAAGCCCUUACUAGAUUCACUUGGUAUGAGUAAAACCAUUCCACUGGACAGAAACAUUUUGUAUACAAACAUGGUAUGUAAACUAUUUCUUUGUUCUUGUCAUUUUAACAAGCAUAAAGAUCUCACACAGUGUCUGUAUUGUGGGAAAGUCUUCAGCACACCCAGUUCUGUAAGACUCAUGCACAGAUCUACCCUGGAAAGAAUUGUAAUGCAUAUAUACAUUUAAGUAUUGUUCCAAGUCUUCAGGAGUUUCUGUUGCCAUGAUGUUCUAAAGAAUUUACUCUGGGAGAAAAAAAGAAUUCAUUCUGGAGACAGACUUUAUAUGUAUGACCAUGUGAAAAAUCUUUUAGCAACCACAUUUCCUACUAUACUCAAUAACUUUUUUCACUGGUGAGAACUUUUAUAUUUAGAAUAAAUGUGGAAAAGUA